AUGGAGGUGCUGAUGGAGGCGGUGAAGGCUCUGUUGCCCCUGGAGACUAGCCGCAGCCUGUCCGUGUCCGUGGCGAUGCUGCUCCUCUUCCUGGGCCUUCUCCUCUACUGGUAUUCUAUCUAUCCAUACUCCGUCCUGGCGCGAUGUGGACUGCGGCACCCCAAGCCUAUCCCGUUCUUUGGCAACCUCAUGCUGUUUCGAAAGGGAUACCUGAACCCCCUGAAUGACCUAAUCAACACUUAUGGGCGGGUUUGUGGAUACUACCUGGGUAGGAGAGCAGUGGUGGUGGUGGCCGAUCCGGAUCUCCUGCGACAUGUGAUGGCCAAGGACUUCAACCUCUUCCCCAACAGAAUGAGGACUAUUUUCUCCACUAAACCCAUGAGUGACUCUCUUCUGAUGUUGACUGAUGAGCGUUGGAAACGAGUUCGCAGCAUCCUCACGCCCUCCUUGAGUGCCGCCAAGAUGAAAGAGAUGGUGCCAUUGAUCAACACUGCCAGCCACACGUUGCUUAGCAACCUUGAAGGACAUGCAGAAAGUGGACAGAGCUUUGAUAUCCACAAGUGCUUUGCCUGCUUCACCAUGGACGUGAUCGCCAGCGUGGCGUUCGGGCUGCAGGUGGACUCCCAGAGCAACCCCAACGACCCCUUUGUCUCCCACGCCCAGAAGUUCAUGUCCUUCACUUUCUUCACGCCCAUCUUGUUCCCCGCCAUCAUGUUCCCGUUCCUGGUGCCUCUGCUGGGGUGUCUGUCCAAUAGGGAGCGUGAGGAGGUGAACGGCUUCUUCAUCAGCUGCAUACAGAAGAUGAUUCAGCAACGAGAUGAGACGCCCCCCGAACAGCGCCGUCGAGACUUCUUGCAGCUGAUACUGGACGCGCGCUCCUCCAAGGAGAGUGGCGUGUCACUGGAGCACUUUGACAUCGUCAACCAAGCAGACGAGGCUGCCACACACACCACCACCUCCUCCUCCGCCACACACACCACCUCCUCCUCCUCCUCUGUGGCGAAGAAGAGGGUGAUGACGGAGGACGAGAUCGUGGGCCAGGUUUUCUUCUUCCUGCUGGCGGGCUACGAGACCAGUAGCAGCACGCUGGCCUUCACCUGUUACCUGCUGGCCCUGCACCCCGAGUGGCAACACAGGCUACAGGAAGAGGUGGACGACUUCUUCACCAGACACGACUCCCCAGACUACUGUAAUGUGCAGGGACUGAAGUACAUGGACAUGGUGGUGUCUGAGGCAUUAAGGAUGUACCCCCCAGCCCUGAGGUUUUCUCGCACUGUGGAGGAGGACUGUGUGAUAAAUGGCCAGUUCCUGCCUAAAGGAGCAACACUUGAGAUCCCGGCAGCUUACCUCCACUACGACCCAGAGCACUGGCCUGAACCAGAGAAAUUCAUUCCAGAGAGGUUCACAGCAGAGGCCAAGGCCGACCGGCACCCGUUUGUGUACCUCCCCUUUGGGGCGGGGCCUCGGAGCUGCGUGGGCAUGCGAUUGGCCCAGCUGGAGAUGAAGAUGGCCUUGGUGCUCAUCAUGCAGCGCUAUACUGUGCAGGCAUGCAGCGAGACAAAGGUGCCCCUGGAGCUGAAGUCCCACACCACUCUGGGACCAAAGGAUGGCAUUUGGGUCCAAGUCACCAAAAGGGACGGAGCCGUAUACUAAGAGAGACUAAGAGAGUCUGGCCAACUAUGGGUUCAAACGUUGAGCUAUCCCGCUAUGCUGAUUGGUUUUGGGCUGAUCACGUGUUUUAUGGACGCCAUGUUUGCUCCCCACACUCCCACACUAUAUGAAGGCUUCAUUUGCAAAACGGUGUAUCUCCAUUUUAUAGAAUGUUGGGAAAUUGACAUUUUUAUGUUGGGCAUUCCAUUUAAAUGCAUUGCAAAAUGCCUUUUAUAUAGCUUAAAAAAGUAUGUUCUCAAAAUAUUUGAAUGGUAAUAAUUCACACAUGGGUGCUAUGACAUCUGGACAGUCAUUUCCAAUGAUAACAUGCAAAAAAAAGUCAAAAAAUGGAGAUACACCGUUUUGCAAAUAAACCCUUCAUAUCAUUUAGAGCAUAUGUCAGACAAUUCACUAUAUUAUUAUUAUGCCAAACUGUUGUGCAUAUGGCUGUAGUCCAGGACCGGGUCAGGAGAAAAAAACCAACAUCGUUUAACUGAUGACAGAAACGGAGGAUUUGGGAUUUCAAUGGAUAUUUAGGCCAGACGGAAGAACUGGAAAAGCGACAGAUUUCUCCGUGUAAUGUGAGGAAAAUGUAUUUUUUCCCUUCUACUUUUGUUAUUAAUAACUUUUGAAAGAAAUAAUCAUGAUGGCAUUGACCGUGCUCUCAAAAACUCCUGACCGCAGUUUAGGAAUGAAUGAAGUGUGAAGUUUCUGUCAUAACUUGAAAUCAGCUUGCCAAAUCUUAAUUGCCACCUGUAACUAUGCUAUACUGUGAAAACAUCACUUUGCCCUUGGUACUACCAAGUUAUUAUUUCUGUCGCGCUAUA